GUCUUUGGUCUCCUGAACAAAAAUCGGUGUCAAAACACAAGGUAAGCAGUAGAGUAACUGCCUGCAGCUGGACAAAUGAUGGACAAUAUUUGGCCCUAGGACUUUACAAUGGACUUGUCAGCAUAAGAAACAAGAAUGGAGAAGAGAAAGUAAAGAUAGAAAGACCCGGAGCCACGUCAUCACCUAUAUGGUCACUGGAGUGGAACCCGUCUAGGGAUGAAGCGUAUGAUGUGCUGGCUGUUGCUGACUGGGGUCAAAGGUUAUCUUUCUAUCAGCUCUCUGGCAAACAGAUUGGGAAAGACAGACAGCUAGGACAUGACCCAUGUUUUGUUCGCUGGUUCUCCAAGGGGGAAUAUGUUGUAAUAGGCGGGUCCAACAAACAGUGUAAUCUUCAUACAAAGGAAGGUGUAAAACUAGGAACUAUUGGCGAUCAGCAGUCUUGGGUGUGGGCAGCUGCUGUUAGACCAGAUUCUAACUAUGUGGCUAUUGGUUGUCAGGACGGAACUAUAGCGUAUUAUCAGCUAAUAUUUAGCACAGUACAUGGUCUAUACAAGGACCGGUACGCAUACAGAGACAACAUGACUGAUGUCAUUAUACAGCAUCUUAUAACUGACCAGAAAGUUUCAGUAAACCCUAUCCCGGGAGAAGAUGAGGAGGUGAAUGUUGCUGCAGCUAAAGCUAUAAGAGAAGAGACUAAAGCUCCUCUUGAAACUGUUUCAUAUAAGAAAUUGAGAAUCAAGUGUAGAGAUCUAGUGAAGAAAAUAGCUAUUUAUAGGCACAGAUUAGCCGUACAAUUACCAGACAAGAUUGUAGUGUACGAGUUAUACUCAGACGAUGCUGCAGAUAUGCACUACAGGGUCAAGGACAAGAUAAACCGGAAGUUUGAAUGUAAUCUGCUUGUCGUCUGCUCGCAAAAUAUCAUAUUGUGCCAGGUAAAUUUUUUUUUAUGA